AUGGACCACGAGUGGAGGUGUCAAGACAAGCUAUUCCUCCCCAGGAUUGUUGGUCACUUGUCUCCAGAGACGGGCAACCAUUUUAUUCUUUGGGUAUUUGACUUCAAACUGAGACAGAUCAGAGUUUAUGAUUCACUCAUGCUUCAAUGUCAGAUCAGUCAUGGUGACAUGGACCUCCUCAGAAAUGUCUUCAGAUUAUCUGGUGGCCUUGAAGGUUGGACUGUGACAUUUCCUUCACAGUGGAAGCAGCAAGACACUGUUAACUGUGGAGUCUUUGUGUGUUCUGCAGCUGAAAAUGAGGCCCUAAACCGUGAGGUCACUGCAGAGGCUCUCACUCUUAAUCAAUGUAGGACUCUUCGUCUGCACCAUGCUGCUCAAAUUCUGAAGACUGUCAACGCAGAGGACUUCCCAAGAACUGCUGAGGAGCUUCUCAAAAUGGAGAAGAAGGAAAUAAAACUUCAGGAAGCUGAAGCAAAAAAACCGAACUCCAACAGCCAUUGCCUGGCCUGGAAACUAAGGUCCUGUUUGUUCCAGCGGGCAACUGGGACAACCAGUGUUUUCCAUGAAAAAAUAAAGAUGUACCCAUGGGUACAAUGCACAGCAUGCAAAAACUGGCUGCAUUUCCAGUGUGCUGGUGUGGAGGGGGACUGGACGUCUAAGGAUUUUUUUUGUGGAUGCAACAGCACCCCUAAAUUAGAUGACAUUCUGGAGUCUGUUAAAGCAGAAGACAUUCUGACAGAUGGAGAAAUAAAGGAUUUGGAAAGAAACCUCCAGAGUGGGAACAUUCUGUCCAACAGAAUGUAUCUGUGGGAACACAGAGGACUAGAUCCUGCCCUCCGGAAACACUACAGUGAACAUUUCACUUUAUUCAAUGACAUGAAGACAGAUGACAUUAUCCAGAGACUAGACAAAGUCCUGUCAGUACCCGGCACCGUUGCUGAGAAGCAGCUCUUCCUCACAGACAUAAUUUUGCCUGAGGUUUUGAUUCUGUGGCUGCAAAAAAGUCACAGCAUGUCCCGAUACCAAGCUGAAUCUGUGCUUCUGAAGAGCACAUCUUCGAAGGAUGACAAAAGGCCUGGAGAGAUCACAGAAGGUGACUCAGAAAGCAUGAAUGAGAGCGACGUUAUUUUGAGAGACUGCGUAGCUGCUGCUGACUGGUGUCGCAAGGCAAAGUUUGAUGGAGGACUCUCCCUCUCAUACAGGGUGAAAGCUAGACAUAGCUCAGUUCAGGACUGACGUGACCACUGACGGAUGCUGUGGCACAGAUACUGUAGUUGAUGCACUGGAUUUCUCCCUCUGCUCCUGCAUUAUUUAAUUACUGGAGUUGGUGUACCCUUGCAAACUUGACUCUGUGAAAGGCCGGGUCCGCACUGACACACAGCCUCCUUCUGUGGUGGGACUGCACGGGUGACACUCAGUAGUGGUGUGUAUAUUUGGUUGUGACACUGCAUGUAUUUCAUUGCGAUAAAUCAUAUGUAAAUAGAGGUUAAGUGUGUAGUGCAUGCAUGUGGUGGUAGAAUUGCUGUCUCCCUCUUCUGUCUCCCACAGUCAUUUUAUUGUUGCUGUGUAUAGCUGACCCGCCCUUAUUGUGAAGAGAACUGAUUGACUUUACCCACCCAGUGAGAUUGUUGUUUGUUUAUUGCCUCAUGCCUAUGUUUUAGUGAAAUUUGAUCUAUAUAUUGUAAUAAAGCCAACUUAACUUUUGCACAGGAUAUGCCUCUGGUAAAUU